AUGUUUUCGUUGGUUGAUAUGUCAUCCAGCAUAUCUGACGCAGCAAUUGAAAAUGUGGGUCACAUAGACGAGAGUGAUGUGGAAGUGAUGAAUGUAGCCGAUGGAAUGGCAAUAAAAAUUGGAAUGAUAUUUCGGAAUAAGGAGACAAUGAAAAUGAGCUUGGCAUUCUAUGCAAUACAAAAUAUGUUUGAAUCUAUGGUCGUUCGUUCAGACAAGAAGGAAUAUCUUGUAAGGUGUUCCCGAGAGAAGUUAUUGGGGGCUCAUAGACAAGUGAUAGCAUCAGUUGUGUCCACGUGCAUCAGAUACAAGUACAAUUCAUCCCGGACAAGGUACACUCCAAAUGAUAUACGCAAUGACAUGUUACACAAUUAUGGGGUCUCAUUAAAUUAUGUAAAGGCCUGGAGAUCCCGAGAAAGAACUUUGAAAAUGCUUAGAGAUCAAAUGAAUCCCGGUACGGUCACAGGAUUGGAACUUGACAGUCAUAAUAGAUUCAAAUACUGCUUCAUGGCAAUAGGUGCACCAAUUAGAGGAUGGCAACAUUGUAGACCUAUGAUUGUAGUUGAUGCAACGUAUUUGAAUGGACAUCAUGGCGGUUCACUAUUCACGACAUGUACGCAGGAUGCAAAUAAUAGCAUAUUCAUUCUUGCAUUUGGGAUUGGAGACAAUGAGAACGACGAAUCCUGGACAUGGUUUUUUGAACAAUUGAAAAGGGCAUACGGAAAUAGGAAAGGUUUGUGUUUUGUAUCAGAUCGUCACAACAGUAUCAAGAAUGCAAUAGAAAAUGUAUAUCCAAGGACAUAUCAUGGAAUUUGCUCAUACCAUCUACUACAGAACCUAAAGUCGUAUUUUGGCAAGUCGGGUCAAAAUAUAACACAGGCAUUCAACUCGACUGUUCGUGCAUACACCCUAGCAAAAUUUGAAUAUAACAUGCGGCAGCUCGAUUCAAUUAAUCCGAAGAUUACAGCCUAUCUGGUCGAAGUGAACCCCGAGAAAUGGUCAAGAUUUCACAUGCCAGCUAACCGGUAUUCUAUAAUGAUUUCGAAUAUAGUAAAAUCUGUGACUGCAGUGACAAAAGCAGCGAAGAACUUCCCUGUUGUGGUUCUAUUGGAUUCUUUGAGACAGACUAUACAAUUUUGGUUCUAUAAACAUAGGGACACCGCGUCUGGUACUUUCACAAAGAUGUCAGGGAAUUACGAGAAAAUUUUAGGGGAUAUGAGUUAUGAUUUGAGAAACUUCACGGUAUCUCCUACAAAUCAAACAAUUUUUUCUGUUUGUGGUGAUAGCUCGUCAUUUAUUGUUGAUAUGGAACAACGUACAUGCACAUGCAGGACAUUUCAAGUGGAUCAAUUGCCCUACCCGCACGCCUUGACCGUUAUUGCAAUGAUGAAGAUGGAUGCAUAUGAUUAUUGUUCAUACUUAUACACUAGGGAUGCAUACGUCAAUGCUUAUAAACACACAGUGUUUCCAAUUGGAAACAUCAAUGAGUGGACUGUACCGAAUGAAGUUGUAAACGUAGUUGUGCUGCCACCAAACCAUAAAAGAAGUACAGGAAGGCCAUCCGAAAAGAGGAAGAGAUCAUCUUGUGAAGGAAAAAUCAUAGUCAAGUGUGGACGUUGUGGUGGAAAUGGUCACAAUCGCAGAACAUGCACUAGUUUGGUUCCAUUAGGUCAAAGUUAG